ACAGAGAAAAAAGAAAGGAACAGAGAGGAGAGGGAAAAAAAAAAGGUAAAAAAAAAAGAGGGAGAGAGAGAUGGAGGGAUCGCCGGACGGCGGUGGCGAUGGCCAGAAUCAUGCAGCGAAGUCGUCUCCGGCGACGGGAGUGAGCAAGGGGAAGUCUUGCAAAGGCUGCCUUUAUUAUUCGUCCGUUCUCAAAUCCAACGGCCGUAACCCUAGGUGCUUCGGCAUCUCCCGUACUCUCCCUCAAGUUCCUCUUCAUAUAGUGGGUGAAUCUGAGAUGGAGGCUAAUAAUGAGGGUCGUAACCUGUCAGACUUCAAGUAUGCAUGCACAGGUUACUCAGUGUUUUUGGACAAUACAAAUAAUCCUGAUGUCAAGGGAGAAAACCGAGCGGAGUUGCCCUUUUGUGCUGGCAUUGAGCUACUGGUUGACAGAAGAGCAUCAAACUCUACCCGUGUUCCUGCUCACGUUCAUAACAAAGAAGAUGGUGUUAUUCGUUCUCAACCACAGCCACACAAGCCAGCACACUCCACCAUUGAUGAUUUCUACACGAGGUUUGCAAGGAAUGCUGGACUGGUGGCUUCUGGAGUUGCCAAAAACCUAAACAAAGUGGGUACCUGCAUCAAAAAUACCGUUGAUGACAUGAUGUAUCCUUAUCGCCGGCCGCCCAAGUAGUAGAAAGGAGCUAUUGUUGUCAGUCAGAACGGAACCUGUCAGCUUGGAGACAGAGUGAACUCAGGGAUCAGCAAGAUAAUGUAUGAAUUCUUUUGUGCUGUAUCUGUUGGAUUUUGUUACCUGUUUGCAAAAUAUUUUAGGCUGUAUCAGUUAAACUGCCAGAUUAUGCUUUGGGUCUGAUCCCCGUCUAUUCUGUUGAUAAGGGUCAGGAAAGUGGCAGAAAAUAAUCAAUGCCCUCAAAUUAAGUCAUUUUGUAUUAUGAUUGUAUAUCUUGUCGGAUAUUUAUUUAGGCUAAUACUGCUGAUGCUCCAUGUUCAGUGGGCGUGACAGUUGUAUGUACA